AUGGCGGAGAAGAAACUCAAGCAAAAGGAAUUGAAACGUCGGAAUAUCAUCGAUUCCGUCUCACGCAUCGAGGAUUAUCUACAAAACUACAAUCACGAUCGAGACCAACACGAAUUAGCGAUACGGUCAGAAAAACUGGAUAGUUUGAUGGAAGAUUUCGAGACAGUACAAGACCCAGAAUUCAAUGUAUCCCAAAAAGUGGAUCUCAUCAUAGGUGCGGAACAUUUUUAUACACUGUUAAAGGGUGGCCGGAUGGAAAUAGGCAACCCAUCACCAACUCUUGUUGAGAGUGUGUUUGGCUGGCUCGUCUCGGGUAGGGUUGAUAUGGAGACUGAUUCCCGACCACUGGUGUGCUGUUUAUCUACUUUAGAUACGCUAGAGUCAAUUGAUCGCAAUUUAGAACGCUUUUGGAAGAUAGAAGAGGUUAAUAUCUCGACAGCAACCCCUACUGAACAGUAUUGUGAGGAGUUUUACAAACAGACUGUGGAUAGAGACGCUACAGGUCGAUAUGUGGUCAAAUACCCAAAAAAAGACGGUUUUUCUUAUAUGCUAGGGCAAUCUUAUGAUAACGCCCUUCGUCGCUUACAAAGUUUGGAGCGAAAACUAGAGAAAAAUGAGGAUUUGGAGAAAACUUACCAUGCCUUUAUUGAGGAAUUUUUGUCGUUAGGACAUAUGCGCGAGAUAUCCGCUGAUGAAUGUGAACCCGCCACAGUAUUUUAUCUCCCACAUCAUGCUGUCAUAAAAGACACUAGUACGACAACCAAGGUUCGAAGUGUUUUCGACGCAUCAGCAAAAUCGAGCACUGGCUAUUCCUUGAAUGAUACACUUUUCGUUGGUCCGGUCAUCCAAGAAGAUUUACUAACCCUGGUUAUCCGUUUUCGCAAGUAUAAAGUUGCACUACUGGCGGACAUUGAAAAAAUGUACCGCCAAGUUUCGAUACACCCUGAUGAUCAACCUCUCCAACGCAUAUUGUGGAGAUUCAGUCAAAACGACCCUGUUAAAAAAUAUCAGCUAACUACAGUUACCUACGGUUUAGCACCAUCGUCAUUUCUAGCCACCAGGACGUUAAAGCAGCUAGCAGACGAUGAAGGAGAAUCGUUUCCACUAGCCGCAGAAGAAUUAAAACACAGUUUUUAUAUGGAUGAUUUUAUUAGUGGAGCGUCGGACGUUAAAACUGCUUCCCAACUUUGUACACAAAUGGUCGAGUUGCUUAGUUUGGGCGGUUUCCGUUUGAGAAAAUGGUGCUGCAAUUUUCCCGAAGUUCUGGCUGACUUACCAUCCGAAUAUAUUAACACACAAUCUGCCAGAUCAUUCGACGCGGAGGAGGCUGUAAAGACACUGGGAAUCAGUUGGGAACCCACAUCUGAUGUACUCCGAUUUGAUUUAGGCACGCAUACAAUUGUAGAGCCGAUUACAAAACGAAGCAUUUUAUCCGUGAUAGCUCGUUUAUACGAUCCACUUGGAUUGAUAGCCCCGAUCGUGGUUCGAGCGAAGGUGCUGAUGCAGCAUUUGUGGACGUUAGCUAUAGACUGGGAUGAAGAGGUUCCAUUUGAGGUGAAAACGAGGUGGAAGAAAUUUGUUUCGGAAUUGGCCGAUUUAUCAUGUUUUCGUAUUAAUCGAUACACAUUUGGCGAGGGGGAAAUACAAGUGCACUGCUUUGCAGAUGCAUCUGAGAUAGCGUAUGGUGCUGUUGUAUACAUUAGAACCAUCGGUGCCUCUGGAGAAAUUAAGAUCGAACUGUUGACAUCGAAAUCUCGUGUAAGCCCACUUAAAAGGUGCAGUAUUCCUAGAUUAGAGCUUUGCGCUGCAAAAACCGCAGCCCAUCUUUUUCGCAAAGUGCAAUUGGCUUUAGACGUCCAGUUUUCAUCAGUAUGGUUUUGGUCGGAUUCGAUGGUGGUACUUCAUUGGCUGCGUAUGUCACCGCACACUUGCAAGACCUUUGUAGCAAAUAGAAUAGCAGAAAUUCAGGAGUUAACCCAUAAUGCGAAAUGGUUGCAUGUGCCUGGGAAAAAUAACCCAGCGGAUUUAGUAUCCCGUGGUUUGUCGGUAGGAGAAUUAGUGAACAGCAAACUUUGGAAAUAUGGACCUGAAUGGUUGCAUGAGGAGGAGGGACAUUGGCCCAAGCAAGAAUUGGAAGCCUUCACCACACCAUCAGAUGAAAUUCUUGAACGAAAAGCCGCUAUCUUUGUUAUUCAAACAGUAGUUUCAAGCGACACAUUGAUAAACCGUUUUUCCUCCUUUCAUCGUAUGAUACGAGUCAUUGCAUAUUGCUUACGCUUUGUCCGCACGUGCAAAGGUGAAAAUUUAGCAGACUCCGUUGUACUUUCCGUUGAUGAACUUAAUGUUGCCAAAACCACCUUGAUAAAAUUAGUACAAAGAGAAGCCUUUGGGGAUGAAAUCAAGCAAUUGGCAGCAGGUAAACAAUUGUUUAAAAGGUCCAGCCUCAGACUUCUAAACCCAUUUUUGGAUAUGGCUGGUGUGAUACGAGUUGGUGGCCGGCUCAGACUUUCGGAUGAAGGAUAUGAUUUCAAGCACCCAAUACUACUACCUGGAUUUCAUUACUUUACUCGUUUACUGUUGAUGUCAAACCAUUUGAAAACCUUACAUGGGGGAGUUUCGCUCACACUUGCAGUCACUCGUAAUGAAUUUUGGCCUACUAAUGGUAGGCGAGCAGUGCGUAACACGAUUCAUAAAUGCUAUCGCUGCAUUCGUGCGAAUCCUCAACCGAUAAAACAACCUAUAGGGCAAUUGCCACAUGCCCGUGUCAGUCCUAGUCGCCCAUUUUCCAUCACUGGAAUCGAUUAUUGCGGACCAGUUUUUGUUAAAACUCCGGGUCGGAAAGCAUCCCCGAUUAAAGCUUAUAUAGCAAUAUUCGUGUGUUUUAGCACCAAGGCUGUGCAUAUCGAGUUAGUGGGCGAUUUAAGCACAGCAUCCUUCAUGUCCGCACUUAGACGCUUCAUUGCCAGACGUGGCUGUCCGCAACAGAUUUUUUCGGACAAUGGUACAAAUUUCGCCGGUGCUAAAAAUGAACUGCAUGGCCUGUAUCAAAUGCUCAAGAACCGUACCGAAAAUAACCGUAUCGCAAAUAGUCUCGCAACAGAGGGAAUCACUUGGCAUACUAUACCACCACGUGCGCCAAACUUUGGCGGCCUAUGGGAGGCUGCUGUGAAGGUGGCGAAAACGCAUCUCCGUCGUCAACUGGGAAACACAACACUGUACUAUGAGGAUUUGGUGACGAUAUUAACCCAAAUUGAGGGCUGUAUGAACUCUCGGCCACUAGCCCCUUUGUCUGAAGAUCCCAAUGACAUGGAAGUUAUUACACCGAGUCACUUUCUUAUCGGUUCAUCUUUGCAAGCUAUACCCGAUUCAGAUUGGAAAAAUGUGCCGAUCAAUAGACUAAACCGCUUUCAGUUCGUGCAACAAAGAGUGCAACAAUUUUGGUGCCGCUGGAGAAGCGAAUACCUGAAGGAGCUUCAGCGACAAUCCCACAUAAAUCCGGAAAAGGUUAACCUCAAGGUUGGUCAACUGGUAAUUCUGAAGGAUCAACUUUUACCACCCACUCAAUGGCCAUUGGCGCGUAUUGAAGCGCUUUAUCCUGGGCGAGAUAAUAUUUCUCGAGUUGUACUGCUGAGAACAUCAUCUGGAAUAUUUAAAAGACCAUCGUGCAAGGUGUGUCCGUUACCUUGUGCAUUCGACGAGUAUGACGAAACCAGCGCGACCCCCAACCAUGCUGGAGACGUCGCGGAUUUUUCGGAGCAAGCAGUUUAUAGUUAG